AUGACCUAUCUUAGCACCAACUCAUGGGAGGCGAACUCAUCCAGUCCAUAUUAUCCGUUCCGAUGGGAGUUAUCGACAGUUGGAAAUGUACUCUUACGCGGAACGAAAAUAGUUAUACCAACAAUACUACGAUCGCAAGUGCUCGAACUGGCUCACGAGGGCCACCCGGGUGAAUCGGCUAUGAAACGAAGAUUACAUUCAAAGGUGUGGUGGCCAAGGAUCGACCGAGAAGCAGAAGGAUUUGUUAAGGACUGUAGAGACUGCAUCUCCAUAUCGCUAGCAAGACCUUUACUGAGCAACGUCUAUGUACUGGUGUUGAUCGACUAUUUUUCCAGAUACAUGGAAUUAAAGUUUAUAAAAACCAUUUCGUCGAAGGUGCUGAUCGAGCAAAUGGAUGAGAUAUUUUCUCGUUUGGGAAUACCACGAACGCUGAGAACCGAUAAUGGUCGGCAAUUCGUAAGAGUCGAACUUCAAGAUUUUUGUCGGACCAAUGGUAUUACCCAAAUAACGACACCACCAUAUUGGCCGCAGGCGAAUGGCGAAGUUGAAAAUAUGAACAAGUCUUUGGUGAAACGCCUUAAAAUUGCGUGGUCGAAAGGGAAAGAUUAUAAAAGAGAGAUCCAAAACUUUGUCAUGAUGUACAACGUAACACCACAUGGAACCACAGGAGCAGCUCCUUCGGAAUUGAUGUUUAACCGGAUCAUUAGAGACAAGAUACCGGAUGUUCGAGACGUUGUGGGUGAUGUCGGUGAAUCCUCGGAAAGAGACUUGGAUUGCUGGAACAAACAGAAGGGAAAAGAGAAAGCAGACAAGGAAAGAGGCGCCAAAGCUUCGGAUAUCUAA